AUGCCUCGCAACGCAAUCUGCGACCGGCAACUCACGACAUCCGCUACACAGCGCAGCAGAAUCGUGGACAACAUGGCUGAAACAACCACCGAGGCCUUACGCUCAGAGAGGACCGAUCUCCACAGGCGCGAGAUCUUUCCCUUCUUCGAUCUGCCUCGCGAGAUGCGUGACAUGAUCUACGGGGAGUGCUUGGAUGAUUACGACAUGAAGAUGAGCGGUGGACUGAGGCUAAAGGCUUCGAAGGUGGCAAGAACCGCGCUACUGAAAGUGAGCUGUCAGUUCAGCGAGGAAUACAGAGAGCAAGUCACCAAGAUGGCAGAGCUAGAACUCAGCGACCGUGCCCAUUUCUGCUACAAUACUGUCGCCUUGCCACACCCUUGCCUUGGCAUACGGUCACUGAAGCUCAACCUGAACGGCACCUAUGCGAAUCUAGGAAUGGAACGUUCCCAGUCACACAUUAUCUGGGUCAAGGAUGUCCUGCAACAAAUGCCAACUCUUCAAAAGCUCGCUAUCGCGAUCAAAUAUGACCAGUCAUCCAUCCCUGGCGGAUACGCUGUGAUGCAGAACAUCCUCAACGAACAGUUUUGGGUGACCAUUCCGCAACUCAAGGCGCUCCAGGUCUACGAUACAAGUCUUCGUGCUGGGAGACGGGGCCGCCAUGAUGACUUUGACUUCGAGUAUGACGAUCAGAUGGUAUUAGAGUGGUCAUCGGCCAGCUGCAAGAUGGAGUUGGUGGACCUCAGCUCGGACAAGAAAGCGACUGAGGUGUGCAACUGCUGCGGUUGA